GAGAAGGAGAGAGAGAGAGAGAACUGGGCUGGGUGAAAAAUAAUACACGGGCUGUGGGACUCGAGGCGACUAUAAAACCGCUUUCUUUCCCAUUGUGUUGAUGUAGCCUAGUCAAGAAAUGUACAGUAUCGUCCAGACAGGGACGCAGAUGGAGGAGUGAGGCGGGACCGGUUUGUGUGGGUGCUGAGAAACGUUUGUCUUGCGGUUUGCGAGCAAACUUUGUGAGAUUUAUUUGUGGCGGGGUCUGCCGAUGACAGUCCUCUGAAACUUUGACUCUCGUGCUUAAGAGGCAACAGUGCACAUAAACAAGCCUUUUAUUAUUUUAAUGCUCGAAAAAGAGACGGGAGUUCAGAAAUUAGUCUUGGGAGUCCUCUAGUCACAGUUUAGAGAUAAACGGCACAAUAUUAAGAGUGGUAUUUUGCUGACUAGAUUACCGUUGACGCGGCUGAAAUGGGAGCGCGUGACGGGCGCUCGGUGUCUGCGGUUCACCGGAGCUCUUUCCUCCUGUGGGCACUGCUGCUGCUGAUACUGGGGCUGACCUGCGUUCAGGGGACCUGGGGACCCGGUGUUUACAAAUACCAGACCGGGACAGCGCUCCACAAAGAUCAGGCGAAGAGGAACUGGUGUCCGCAUACCGUGACUAAGACAGUGACGUGUCAGGUGCAGAAUGGCACGACUCUCCAGAGAGUCUAUCAGACCUGCAGGUGGCCUCAGGGUUGCAAUGGGGGAAGUUAUCGUACUGUAGUUCGGCCAUCCUAUAAAGUUGUGUACCGCACCAUCACCUCUCUGGAGUGGAAGUGUUGUCCUGGAUUCAGCGGAUUGCAGUGUGAGGAAGGAUCUUCCAGUAAUCUGGUGGCCCAGGAGGCUGUAAGGAAACAGGCUACACUUCUGAAAGCUGCCACCAAACCUGGAGAACAGAUCUCGAACUGUCUAAACUGCAGUCGUAUUACUGCCCUCACAGAUCGUCUGAGUUCAUUGGAGACCAAGGUUCAGCUUCUUACUGCCCCUGCAUCCACGUCUCAUCGACAGACGCAGUUAAAAAAGGAACCUGACUCCUCCUUCCUCAUGGGGGCUACACCUGCUAAAGGGGCUCCUGGGGCUCAGGGUCCUGCAGGUCCACAGGGUGAGAGAGGACGGGAUGGCUCACCUGGUAAAGACGGUAAAGCAGGGUCUCGAGGUCUUCCAGGACCCAAAGGGGACGUUGGAACCAGAGGACCAUCUGGGGCUCCAGGGUCUAAAGGAACAGCUGGUCCUCCAGGUCCUCAGGGACCACCGGGACUCCCAGGAGAGAAAGGCCUCCCUGGGCCACCAGGUCCUCCAGGGCCCCCUGGACCUCCAGCCCCUGUACCUGAACAAGAUGGUCUGAAAAAAGAAAGUCUGCUUCAUAACAACUUCCCAGACCUUCGAGUGGCCCCCUCGCACGGACCACCAGGCCCAGCUGGACCAACCGGACCCCCAGGACCGAUAGGACCAAGUGGACCACCAGGCCCUAUGGGGCAAACUGGAAAGCCAGGAGCUCCUGGUUUGCAAGGCCCUGUUGGACCAAAGGGUGAUCGAGGUGAAAGAGGACCUCUUGGAUAUCCAGGAGAGAGAGGGUUCAAAGGAGAGCCGGGAGAGCCAGGACCUAAAGGAGAGCCAGGGGAGAAAGGUCUUCCGAGCGAAUUGAACGGGGAUGGGAUACACCAAAUCCGCGAGGCCCUGAAGAUCUUAGCCGAGAGGGUUUUAAUCCUCGAGACUAUGAUCGGUAUCCAUGAAGCAGACCUCGGGUCAGGCGAUGGCCUGUUUGGCACACCAUCUCCAGACGUCUACCGGAUUAAGAGGGCAAAAAUGUCAUCUUUCCGCAUCAACUCUCCUUUAAUCACUGCUGAGACCAAGGUUCGAGGGAAAUAGUCUGACUAUUCCGAAAAAAGCGAAGCCAUCAUUUCCAUCUCGAUUCCAUCAUCCGUAAAAAAAUUCAACUGAACUGGUAACAAACACACAAGUCUCCUGAGACACACACACAAAAACACACACAUUCUACAGAUCCAGAUGCUUUGGACUAUAGUUAAUCCCUCAGGGAAGACCAAAUGGUGCUGUAUAAAUGAAUCACCUCAAACGGGACUCCACCGGUUCCUAGCACCUCUGGCGUGGUUUGCCAUCAUGUUGUCAUGACAUAACCAAGCAGAAUCUGUCUCAAAAGGAAUUGUUCAACUUGUUUUAGAUGAAAAAAGGAAACAUGUUUUAGAGUAAGAUAUACAGAAACAGUAUUGGUGCUUGUACAACUGUGGGCAAGAAGGGUACAAAAUGCGAUUGACAUGUCAAACGUUUUAAGGAGAGGAUCAAACAAAUCCAUAUUCGUCUUUCCAGCUGCUGUUAGGAGCUCGUGGUAACUUCAACAAACGUACUGUAUGAGGAAAAAAAAUGCACAUAUCGAUUCUGCUAUUCAGCCAAACGCCACACUUUCCCCAAUUUCGUUUGUUCUUUGGAUUAAAUGCACUAUGUAGAUAGAGAAUCACCUUGUUUUUUUAAAGAGAAAUGAUGACUGAAGGACAUAAACGUGUAUAAACUUUUAAUAGACACUUCAAUUGUGAUGGAAAAGGGUUUUUGGUUUCAUCUCCCCUUUAAAACGGACUGAAACGAUAAUUAGAUUUGAGAAAUACUGAAAUUGUUACAAUAUUUUUUUGUCAAAACAUGCACAUAACAGAAUAUAAACCACAUAAGCAGUCAUAAAAAUCGUAUGUGGAUAAAAAUAAAAAAAAGUAAUCACAUGGUUUAACUAAUGUGAUUUUAACAUGUGAUUGCGUACAUGGUUUUUCUGUAUAGGUGAGUGUGAAUUUAAAUGGUUCUUAGUCUUAUGCUCUUUCAAUUGUGUUAGCCAGAGCAGUUUCCCCUGUUCCACCAACAGAACAUAUUUUGGAUGUCUCCAUUAUCUGAGCCCAUUAACUUCAGAUUUCGGAGUCUUUUCUUAUGUUCUGAUGAGUUAAUUCAGGUGUGUUUGAUUAUGGAGAGGUUGAAAUGUGUACUGUUGGAGUGCCUUCAGGAACAGGGUUGGGAAACACUAGGCUAGAGAACCAUAAACCAGAUCUGAUCCGAGCACAAGGUGAAGUGGUGGGAAAAAGACUCGUAUAACUUGAAUUCUGUUUUCGUGUUGCAUGCAUGUCUUUCCAUCAGAGUUACAUGCACAUGCAUAGGACUGGUUUCCUUCUUCAAUACCUUUCCAUGUCUCUGUAUUCCUAUAUAAAUAUUGUUGUAUUGAUUAUUUAUAGAUGAUUAUUAGCAAUUGAUGUUUUCCUUAUACUGUAUACCAAUUUAUGUAACGUCACCUGUAUUUUCUUUCCAUUUCUAGCCUCUCUGUGUGAAUUUGUCUUGCCAGUGUGCAGUCUUACCAGUUGGUGUUAAAAACAAAAUAAACUGUUUCUUUUUUUUAA